CAGAUUGCUUACCUUACGUGCUAUUCAUUUGAAUAAGUGAUAGUCUGUACUUUGUUUAAAAAACGUGUUAUAGAUCAAUAAAAAUUUAUUUCUCAGAAAAAAAAAAUAAAUUAAGAAAAUUGAAAAAACCUUAACGUUUUGUCAAACAAAUCCAUAUCAAACUGUACAAAAGUAAGGUUAAGCGUCUGAAAGAAUGUCGAUAGAAGAACAGUCAAAUUUACGUCUAGGACCUGAUCCUAAUAUCAUUUAUCCAAUUCAAGUACAAUAUUGUGGAAACUGCUCUCUUCCUAUUGAGUAUUGUGAAUAUUAUCCAGAAUAUGAAAAAUGUAAGCAAUGGUUAGAAAGAAAUUUACCAACAGAAUUUGAAAAAGUUAAAUUAGUAGAAGAUAAUAAUACAGAAGUAGGUGGAGGUGAAGAUGAAAAAAAAAGACAAAAACGAGGUGGUAAAGGUAUGCUUAAAACAAAGAAAAAAGAAGAUGUACCAAAAUUAGUGACUGUAUCUAGAGCACCUAGAGGGAAAAAGAAAUCAGUUACUGUUGUUACAGGUCUUAGCACUUUUGAUAUAGAUUUAAAAGUAGCUGCAAAAUUUUUUGGUAGUAAAUUUGCAUGUGGAUCUAGUGUAACAGGAGAUGAUGAAAUAGUUAUACAAGGAGAUGUGAAAGAUGAAUUAUUUGAAGUAAUUCCAGAAAAAUGGCCACAAAUUGAUGAAGAUUCUAUAGAUGAUCUUGGGGACCAGAAGAGAUAAUGAGUCAACCAAAAAUUUAUUUGCAUAAUGUAUUUAAUAUUAUAUCAUUUUCAUUUCUUUGUUUGCUAUAAAUAAAAUGUACAUAAAAUAUA